UCUUCCAUCGUUCGCAAAGUGUAGAUUGUAGUUGCAUCGUUUUACUGGUAACAAACCUGCCAUAGCCUACGUCACACGCUAUCACAAUGGCUGGGCUUAACGUUGAUGAAGUGAAGGUUUCGCUGCAAAAAUUCGGCCUUUACGAUUAUGUGGUGUUUGUGUUGAUGUUGCUGAGUUGCGCUAUGAUCGGCAUCUAUUUUGGAUUUCUCAAAAAGAAAGCCAAAAAGGGUGAAGCAGAGGCCGAUUACUUAGUGGGCAACCGGCAGAUGAAGAUUAUUCCAGUAUCACUGUCGCUCAUAGCAAGCUUCAUUUCAGGCAUCUCGCUUCUUGGUACACCGACCGAGAUCUAUCUUUACGGUGUUCAAUACAUGUACAUCGUUGGCGGUGUGAUAAGCAUGGGCUUCAUCAUGAUGUACUUCUAUUUGCCCGUUUUCCACAACCUAAAACUAACAUCGACCUAUCAAUACCUGCAAACACGUUUCGAUAGAAGAAUGCGUCUUUUUGGAUCAAUUUUGUUUACGUUGGCCACGAUGGCUUGGUUGCCAAUAGUCAUCUAUGUUCCUGCGCUGGCGUUCAACCAAGUAACGGGCAUCAACGUGCACCUCAUCACACCCAUAGUGUGUGUCAUCUGCAUCUUCUACACCUGCGUCGGAGGAUUGAAAGCCGUCGUUUGGACGGAUGUCGUCCAGACGGUCCUCAUGUUCGGAGCUAUGGUGCUGAUCAUCGUCAAAGGAACGCUGGACGUUGGAGGCUUUUCCGUGGUAAUGGAUCGUGCGAAGGCAAGCGGCCGCAUCGAAGGUCCCGAUAUGCGUUUUGACAUGACCACACGCCACAACAUCUACUCCUGCGUGAUUGGUGGUGUCGUCUACUGGCUGAAAACGAAUGCCGUCAGCCAGAACAUGAUUCAACGCUACCUUUCGCUACCAACAAUGGCUGCCGCUAAGAAAGCGCUCUGGACGUUCAUCUUUGGAACGCUGGUGCUUUUGGCGCUCUGCUGCUACAGUGGGCUGCUGAUUUACGCCAAAUACUACGACUGCGACCCGCUUACUACCAAGCUAGCCAAGGCCAAGGAUCAGCUGCUGCCGUUGUUGGUCAUGGACACUCUGGGAGACUUCCCGGGAUUGCCGGGUCUUUUUGUCGCGGGAGUUUUCUCUGCUGCCCUGAGUUCUCUUUCUACUGGGCUCAAUUCCAUGUCAGCCGUGGUGCUCGAAGACUUCUUCAAGCCCUUCUCCAAUCGACCCCUGACAGAGAAACAGACUUCCAUAAUCAUGCGUGCGGUUGUGGCCGUGUUUGGAGCAAUGUGUGUCGGGUUGGUAUUGGUGGUGGAAAAACUGGGAUCUGUUCUUCAGCUAUCCAUGAGCCUCGGAAGCGUGAGCAACGGCCCACUACUGGGUAUAUUCACACUCGGUGUACUGAUUCCCUGGGCUAAUGGAACGGGUGCUAUCGUUGGAGGAUCCGUGGGACUGGUGGUGAUGAUAUGGAUCUGUCUCAAGGCACAGCUAGCUAUCGCCACUGGAGAGCUAGCUUUCGAUAUGAAGCCAGUGGACACUCGUGGCUGCAGCUAUCAUUUCAUCGCCAGCGAGCCAAUGAGCAUGUUGGCGAUCAACACCACUGCUCCAUCGUUUGCUUCAACCCCAAGCGAGCCAGAAUUCGCGAUCUAUCACGUAUCCUACUUGUGGUACACUACGAUGGGAGCUCUGAUAACGAUUAUCAUAGCGGUCAUUGUAUCGUUCAUCGUUGGUCCAAACAAACCGGACGAGAUGAAUCCAAACCUCUUCUCACCAUUCAUUCAACGCAUCCUAGCCCGGCGUCGGAUAGCGGCCCGCUGCCAACUGGAAAUGGUAACUGGUGGCAUCAAAGAGAUUAUCCAAUGAUUGAUUUGCCAUUGCCACGCUCGAAUACACGUGACAAAUGGCGAUGAAUUUUUCAUCUUUUCACUCUAGCUUAAAAUUGAAAUUAAAGAACUUUCAAAAUGCAAGGAGUCGGUGGUACGUUUUUGUAGGUUUUCGCCCCAACCCUUGCUCGCCAGCCCUCUAUCCCAGGAGGAUGAAAGGAAGCAAGCUGACGAUACUGGUUGGGAAAAAAUCACACCGAAUCCAGAUACGCCCGAGGUAUCAAACCUUUCCGUGUUGCCUCAUUUCUUAUCCACUCUACUGGAGCCACUGGCUAACGGGGCCAGGACGUCGCCGGCGACUGCAGGCAGCCCACCCGGAUGACGGUCCACGGCCCUUCGUGUGGCCAAAAGUUUGGCAGAAAGUGACAGAAAUAACUGAAGCGAGCAACAACCUUAAAAAAAGUUGAGGAAGGAGUACAAAAAAAUGGGCUAAAUUAUUGAAAGAUUUACUACCCUGGUUUCCUGGCCGCGGUUGGUUCGGCAGAAGGGUGUACCGGAUUGAAAGGGUUGGUAGUCGGAAAAAAAAUUCAAACCCCGUCACAGGCGGUACUUGAAUCGUUUUGCUUGAUGCCACCGGCGGAAAAUUGCUUCCUGUAUAAUUCUGCAUACACUUUUUUUCUUCGUUUUUCCAUUUCUGCGUCUCCCAUUUCUUUCAAGUCCAAAAAGCACAAGUGAACAAAAAAUACACACCGAAUAAAAGAGUCCCACCGCAUUGCAACGAAACGCAGGAAAA